UAGUGUGAUGAUAUACUCACUUUACAUCUUGUAACAAUGGCUUCUCGCAACGUGUGUUUGGUGGGUAUGCACUUCGAGCGCCCAGGGGCCCCCAGGGUGUACUCUCGCAACACAAGCGUCUGGUCCGAGUAUGAGCUGGCCAGAAAGGAAAGGUACAGCAGCAUCUCCACCACAAAGACGAGCUCCCUCGGCGAAGUCGAAGUGAAGUACAUCCCCGAGAAGCCACUGCGAGAGCGCCUGGCGGGACUCUCCUCCCUCCACAUCUCCAAAGUCCGACGAAUUAUCUAAAAUGGCAACGUCCGCGCCCCCGUCCCUCCCCGCCCGCCACCGCCAGCAUGGAUGAGAAGAAGUGGAAAAGGAAGCUGCCUUGCCGCAUCUAUGACUACAACUAUAAAGUAGGCGAGAGCUACUACAACCCCCAGACUGAUUACAUCGAGAACCGUGAACUGCUGCGAUCCAAAGUCCAGCCUCCAGAAGCUGCCAGCUAUGCUGAACGCUUCGCCAAUAAGCCAUUCUACGGGAGCGCCCGAGGUCUUCCGUACGGCGAGGAGGAGGCGGCCCUGUCGCAACCCUUGGUGAGGCGACGCUCCUCGAGCGUCGGCCGAUCUAAAGAACCAGAGCCCGAUGAUGGCCCUCGGUCGUCGAGGACAGGCCGCGGCCGAGAGAGGAAGCUGUCGUUCAACCUCGACAGCCCAGAACCUGAGCCUCGCAGGAGAUUUUCACUCCUUGACGAUCUAGAUUUCAAAAUACCGGUAAAGAAGUACAUUGAUCCGGAUUACGGGUUCAAAACUAAUGUCGGAAAGGAUCUUGGUAAAGUAGAUGAUUUUGGGUUAAAUCCUGCUACAAAAAAGAGCAUCAUGGAUGACAUUAAGAAUCUUGAGAAAAAGUUCAAGAAGGCUGAUGCUGUUGAACGAGGCAGUGGGACGAAUGCUAAGAGGUGGGAAGAGGUCGUCUACAAUGAGGCACUGGACGCCCCAGGUAAAAAGACUGUCAAGAAGAACGAAGUAACAUACAACAUCCCUGGCACAGGAACUACCGUCCGCAAGAGUUCCUACCAAGAGAGCAGCAAGUUCGAGUCUUCCAAACCCCCAAGAGCUCCCCCGAAGCCUUCUCGUCUCCUAAGCAUAGAGGACGAUUACGACUUCAAGCCACCAAGGCUGCCGAGACGUCGCAACAUUAGUCUGAGUGACGACGACUUCAAGUUCACCACGUCACGCUCUAUCAAGAGCAGCUUUGACGAUGAUGACAAAAAGUUCCGCUCAGCUAGGAAGAUGUUUGACCAUCGUAAGGCUCAGGAGUCCGAAGAGCUGUCCGAUAAUAUUAACAAAAUGAUCGGUAAGAUGCGGAAACACAGCAUCGGAGACGGCGACUCUUACAAGUACACCAGAACCUUCCGUUCCUCGUCCCUUGACCCGUUCGAGAACGACUCGAGAGUGAAGGCUCGUACCCAGGCACGAUCCCACCAGUUCACGUACGGUUACUCCAAGUAAUGUGACGAUCUGACUUCCUUUUCAUGACAAUCACUUGUCCUUUUACCCUCCUUCUUGGAUCAACUCCUUGUUAUAACGCGGAGGGCAUCAACACUUAUACUUCUUUUGUUUUUUUCACUAUUAGGCCUCCAAUGUAAACAAAUCUAGACAUAUGUUUAAAUAUUAACAAUUCAUCAGAAGGUUGCUGAAGUGUGUUGCAGGCAUCGCUUGACGAGUGUCCGCACAGCACGCAGCAACGCUCAUGUUGAACACACAUGUGUGAGAGGCGUUCCACAUGUGCAACAUUGUCUGAUGAGUUAAUAGUUGAUCCUGACGUGGGGAAGUGAGCCAACAGUGGUAAGGUCACGAGGUCAGUGUCACGCGGUCAUUACACACUGUAGCUCCUUUAGGGCUGGGUUUCCUUUAUCUUUUACUUCAAUAAUUUUGUUUGGCCGUCUUGACGCGCUUAGGCAGCUUCCGGUGACGUCAUCAGUGACGCAAAGAUAUUGGACCAUAGACCCGCGAAAUUACUGAAACUCUCCAAGUAUAUCUAACUUUGCUAUGAUGUCAUCGACUAUCUAAUUGGACUAACAACAUGUUAUUAUUUAUGGCUUGUACUUCUUCUGUUUAGUUUUUUUUUGUCAUUAUGUCUCCGUAUUCCCCUUAGGGUGAUUGGUCACUCCGUGUGACUGUAAACAAAACAUAAUCACUUGGUAAUCUGAAAUUUUCUUAUGACAAAGCCAUCAAGUCUGAGAUUAUUGCUCUUGUUAACUAAUUGUAUAUUUUAAAAUAUAAAUAAAAGUACAACAAUA